ACGCUUUUGGAUGAUCUACGGGGGAAAGGCUUGGAGAGGUGUGUUUCUGACAAGCCAGAAAGUCAUCCGAGCCACCAGGGACUUGGCUUCCCUCUUUUUACCCCCCCCUUUUUUUUCCCUUUUUUUUUUUUUUUUUUUUUUUUUUUUUCCUGGGAGGAGGGGGAAUUCUUCAUUUUGGCACUUCAUGUUUUUCUGAAAACUUCGCGGCGAUUUUCCCCUUGCACCAGCCUGGACUAAUGGAUUACCACCUGCUUGGACUAAUUCUGUCUUUUCUCUUCAAUGGCACAAAGGUCUUAGCCGGUUACCCAAUUUGGUGGUCCCUGGCCCUGGGCCAGCAGUACAGCUCCCUGGGCUCCCAGCCCCUCCUCUGCGGCUCCAUCCCCGGCCUGGUCCCCAAGCAGCUCCGCUUCUGCCGCAACUACAUCGAGAUCAUGCCCAGCGUGGCCGAGGGGGUGAAGUUGGGCAUCCAGGAGUGCCAGCACCAGUUCCGGGGGCGCCGCUGGAACUGCACCACCAUCGAUGACAGCCUGGCCAUCUUCGGGCCCGUCCUGGACAAAGCCACACGAGAAUCUGCCUUCGUGCACGCCAUCGCCUCGGCCGGGGUGGCCUUUGCUGUCACCCGCUCCUGCGCCGAGGGCACCUCCACCAUCUGCGGCUGUGACUCCCACCACAAGGGACCCCCGGGGGACGGCUGGAAGUGGGGGGGGUGCAGCGAGGACGCCGACUUCGGGGUGCUGGUGUCCCGGGAGUUCGCGGACGCGCGGGAGAACCGGCCGGACGCGCGCUCGGCCAUGAACAGGCACAACAACGAGGCCGGCCGGACGACCAUCCUGGACCACAUGCACCUCAAGUGCAAGUGCCACGGGCUCUCGGGGAGCUGCGAGGUCAAGACCUGCUGGUGGGCCCAGCCCGAUUUCCGCGCCAUCGGGGACUACCUGAAGGAUAAAUACGACAGCGCCUCGGAGAUGGUGGUGGAGAAGCACCGCGAGUCCCGGGGCUGGGUAGAAACUCUCAGGGCCAAGUACGCGCUGUUCAAGCCGCCGACGGAGCGGGACCUGGUGUACUACGAGAACUCCCCCAAUUUCUGUGAGCCCAACCCGGAGACGGGCUCCUUCGGGACGAGGGACAGAACGUGCAACGUCACCUCCCACGGCAUCGACGGCUGCGACCUCCUGUGCUGCGGGCGAGGCCACAACACCCGGACUGAGAAGCGCAAGGAGAAGUGUCACUGCAUCUUCCACUGGUGCUGCUACGUCAGCUGCCAGGAGUGCACGCGGGUCUACGAUGUCCACACCUGCAAGUGAGCACGGGUGGGUCUCUGCUGCUGGAGGCUGCUCCGGAGCAGGGCCAGCCCCACACGUGGCCUCACGCUGCAGAGGACGGUACAAAACUCCUGCCAGGGCACCGAGAAGGCUCUGGGCACCUCACCCAGGCGAGGAGCGACUGCUGAGCCCUCGGGCAGGACAGGACAGCCUGCAGAGACCAUAACAGUGAGUCCCAGCAGGGCACAGCCUCACCAGGCAGAGCUGCUGCCACAGCAGCCCCCGAGCUGCCUGUCCUGCUCCACAGCUCCAGCCCCUGCAGGCACCAACACGGGGGCUCAGGUGGAAAUGGAUUUUUCAGAGUGAAAGUUCCCCCAGCUGCUGCUGUCCUGGUCUCAGCAGAUGCAGAGAGGAAGGAGCCCCCAGCCCAGCCCAGCUCCCUCCUUCCUGCUCUGGGGUGAUGCUGGGCAACCAAACCUGUCUGAGCACACCAGCAGAGCCCACGGGUGGUCCCUCCUUCCCCCUCCCCUCUGCCCACUCUGUUCCCCACAGCCCCACAUGUCCCACGGAGGGCUUCAGGAAGGCAGAGCCCGGAGCUGACCCUCUGGCACCUGGCCCAGGACACGAGCAGGGCACAGGGCACUGCUGCCACCUCCUACAGGGGACAGGAUUGACUAAGCAUUCCCUAACACGACUUUACCCAGAGGGAGCUCAGGGAUCUCUCUGGGGACAGGUUACCUGCCAGGUGAGCUGCUGCACCAGCUCUGAACAUGGGAGAUUCCAGGCAGAGAGGAAAUCUCGCACAGCACGAAGCUGGGCAGAGCCUUCCCCUGCCCUGGGAUUCACUGAGCUGUCAGCAACCAGCCCCCAAGCACGGAGGCUCUGUGCCAUGAGCAGGGAUUUGCCAACAUCCCAGGGCCCUUCCCAGGCAGCAGAACCAUGGUUUGUCCCCCCUGUGCUCCCCAGGGCAUCCCAGUCCUUGAGCACAUCCUUCUCUUCCUGGGUUUACCUUCCCCAGGAGUUCUGACCCAUGAAAUUACAAAAUAAAUACUCCCUCUGUCCUGGUGGGCUCCAGGACCAAAAGCCACGCUCAGACACAGCCCAGGCAGUGAAUUCCAGGGAAUGGUGGCCACUCGGGCUGGGGCUGCUGCUGCUCUCUCUCUUUUCCUGGGAAUGAGCAGCCCCUGGAGCUCCUGACCCCCUUCGGAGGAGCCUUUGCUCCCGAAAAUUCAAAUCCCAGAGAGUUCCAGAAGCUCCCCCAGCCGAGCCACGCCGUCCUCUGAUAUGCAUCUAUUUAAAGUAUAUAUUAAAUCCCCUGUCUGGAAAGACUCCCAGUACCCGACUUUAAACAAAAACCCUCCUUUGUUUGUUUGGUUUUUAAUCAAGAAAAGGUAUUUAAUAUUAAAUAGAACAUUUAUUGCCUUGUAAUUAUUUUACUGUAGCCAGGUAUUCUAGCACUGAAUGGAAGAUCUUUUUCCAUCAAUCUGCUGUAUCCAAAGUUUUGUAUAAAGUUGUAGAGGUCGAUUUUUUUUUAUUUUAUAUUCAGAAAAUUUCUCUUUUUAUAAGCAUUAUUUAUUAUACAAUGUAUAUACUUGAGUUAACUAAGAUUAUAUAUUAUAUAAAUUUAUAUAUUUGGAGAAAAAUAUAUUUCAACUUCCAUUUUUUGUGGUACAUCAUUAAAGAAAAGGUGAAAAUUCAAAAA